AAAGUGCAGCCAGACGUGUUCUCGUCGUGCAUGUACCGUGUCUGGCUGCUGCUGCUGGUGAAAGCUAUAAGUCUCGAAUUCGUCCGCCUGCUGUAGUCUGCCAUCCUCCUCCACAUCCACCCUUUUUCUCCCGCAAACCCAGCAUUGACGAUCCCUGGUGAUUGAAAUUGAGCUCGACUGGCUACUCUUCGUCACUUUCUCCAUAUCCUUCUCGCUCGCCUCCUCAGAUCCUCUGAGCCCUCUCUUCUGCCUCUUCUACCCAAUUCCUCUCCAAUUCCUCCCCUCAAAGCCUCAAUUCCCCCUAAAUCUACCUCAAUGGGUCCUCGCAAGCUCCAAGUCGCCGUCUCCGGCCUCGGCCGCAUGGGUGCCCGUCACGCCCUGCACUUCCUCAACCGCACCCCGCGAGCUGAGCUUGUUGCCGCCUUCACGCCCGAGGAGAGCGAAAUCGCCUGGGCGCAGACGAACCUCGUGCCCUUUGGCACCAAGAUCUACACCGACUACGAUGAGAUGCUCAAGCACCCGGGCCUCGAAGCCGUCGUCGUUGCGACUGUCACCACUGUGCACGCCGAGCAGGCCAUCAAGGCUAUAAACGCCGACAAGCACGUUCUAUGCGAGAAGCCGUUGAGCACAAGUGUUGAAAUUUCCCAAUCCGUCCUUGACGCCGCCCGCGCAAAACCCCACCUCAAAGUCCUCUGCGGCUUCUCUCGCCGCUUCGACCCCUCCUACCGCGACGCCUUCGCCCGCGUCAACGACUCCACCAUCGGCCGCCCCUCCGUCUUCCGCUCCCAGACCUGCGACAAGCUCGACCCGUCAGGUUUCUUCGUCGCCUACGCCGAGUUCAGCGGCGGCAUCUUCGUCGACUGCAACAUCCACGACAUCGAUCUAGCACUCUGGUUCUUCGGCCAAGACUCCGUCGUCAAGUCGUGCUACGCCGUCGGCAUCACCGCCGUGCAGCCCGAGCUCCGCACCCACGGCGACGUCGACAACGGCGUCGGCGUCGUCGAGUUCUGGGGCGGCAAGAUCGCGUACUUCUACAGCUCGCGCAUGAUGGCGGCGGGCCAGCACGACAUGACCGAGAUCAUCGGCACCGAGGGCAAGAUCACCGUCAACGCGAACCCCCAGACCAACCUCGUUGAGCUGUCCGAGUCGACGGGCAUAAGGCGCGAGAUCCCACCCAACUACUACGGCCGCUUCGAACACGCGUUUGUGGUCGAGGCGAACGAGUUCACGGCGGCGUGCUUGGAGAACACCGAGCUGCCGUUCAAGCUGAAGGGCGCCGUGCAGGCGGUUGCGAUCGGGUGUGCGCUGCAGGAGAGCUUGAGGAGUGGGAAGAAGAUUUGGUUUGAUGAGACGGGGAGGCGGGUGGAGAAGGCGCAGAUCUAGGCGAUCUCAUAGUUAGACGUAGACUUGAAGAGGGAAGUGAAAAUUAAGAACAGGCAUGGAACGGCGUUUUGAUUAUAUAGAUAGACUAGAGACAUUUAGAGCGCGAUUUUGGC